CAAACACCUCUACCUACUAAUUCAGACCCAAGAGAGAAGAAAUGGAUUACGAAGUUGUAGGAAUAACAACACUCUCCCUUCUACUAUGGCUUGUAUGGGCAAUCGUGACCGAUCGCCGCCACCGCCGAUCUGAAAAACGCAACCAACUACCGCCAGGACCUAGGCCAUGGCCGGUGGUUGGCAACCUUUUUCAAUUAGGCUUGGGACCCGCUCACGAAUCAUUUGCCGAUUUAGCUACUAAACAUGGUCCUAUCAUGACACUAUGGCUCGGUUCAAUGGGGACCGUGCUGGUCUCAUCAAGCGAGGUGGCUCGAGACAUGUUCAAGAACCACGACGUGGUACUAGCGGGCAGGAAAAUCUACGAGGCCAUGAAAGGCGAUUUUGGCCACGAGGGAUCGCUAAUUACAUCACAGUAUGGGCCGCACUGGCGUAUGCUGAGGCGACUGAGCACCACAGAGUUCUUCGUGACCAGUCGUCUGGACGCCAUGCUCGGGGUGCGUCAGAGGUGCAUUGAUCGAAUGAUCGAUUUCAUCCAAAACGACAUCUCUAGCGGAACCAAUGUUGAAAUUGAUGUUGGGAGAUACAUUUUCUUGAUGGCGUUUAAUUUGAUUGGAAAUCUCAUGUUCUCCAAGGAUUUACUGGAUCCGAAAUCGGAGAGAGGAGCCAAGUUUUUUCACUAUGCAGGGAAAGUCAUGGAGUUGGCAGGGCAGCCGAACAUUGCAGAUUUUUUACCAUUUUUAAGAUGGCUUGAUCCGCAAGGUAUUAGGAGAAAUACUCAAUCAAAUGUGAACGGAGCUUUCGAUAUCGCCGGAGAGUUCAUUCAAGAAAGAAUGGAGAGUAUGGAAGGGAAGAAUAGUACUACAGAGAAUAGAAAGGACUUCUUGGAUGUGCUUCUAGGGUUUCGAGGUGAUGGUGUUGAGGAGCCCUCUAGGUUCUCUUCUAGAACCAUCAACGUUAUUGUCUUUGAAAUGUUUACGGCCGGGACCGACACAACAACAAGCACAAUAGAAUGGGCAAUGGCAGAGCUAAUUCACAGCCCAAAAACACUGAAGAAAGUCCAGGAGGAGCUAAGAAGCAACAUAACUCCAGGAAAGAAGCUUGAAGAGAAGGAUGUCCAAAACCUACCAUACCUAAAAGCAGUAAUCAAGGAGACUCUAAGGCUUCACCCACCACUACCUUUCUUAGUCCCACACAUGGCAAUGGACUCCUGCAACAUGUUAGGCUACUACAUACCCAAAGAGACUCAGAUUCUGGUAAAUGUCUGGGCAAUCGGACGAGACCCAAAGGUGUGGGAGGAUCCGUUGGUGUUCAAGCCAGAGCGGUUCUUGGAGCCAAACAAUAUGGUGGAUUACAAGGGACAUCAUUUUGAGUUCAUACCAUUUGGCUCUGGCCGGAGAAUGUGCCCUGCCAUGCCGUUGGCUUCCCGCGUGCUUCCGCUGGCUUUAGGGUCGCUCUUGCGCUCGUUUGAUUGGGGUUUGGCAGAUGGAGUUAAGCCUGAAGACAUGGACAUGAGUGAAAGGAUGGGAAUAACACUAAGAAAAGCUGUCCCAUUGAAGGCUAUACCAGUGCCUUACUGCAGAGCAUUUCAGGGUUAAUUCAGAUUUCAGUCUCUGCAUAAACAAAUGUUUUAUAAUAAUCUUUGUUAUUGUCGAUGUUAAUAUGCAACUGAAUGAUGCUAAUAAUUAGUGUGUUCCCCCUUUAAAAGCUUAUAGAUGUACCCAAAAGUGUAAUUCAAUCUUGUUUAUCUCUCUCUCUUGUAUAGAGGGAGCAUCUUGUUUUUCCUUAUG